GGCUCAUAGUGUUAUGUUGACUUGUUAAUUGUUGGAGCAUCCGUGUUUCAUUAGAGUUAUCCUAUGUUAGUGUUUGUAAAGUUGUAACCUUAUUUUGUCAGUGUAUUUUGGAAGUUACAUUUGAUUUGCAGAGUUUUAAAACCCCGGAAGUGCAAGCAAGUCGAAUUCACAACACAAGUACUAGCGCAGGGGCCUAGUCUAGAUGAUGACGUUAGCACAUCGGAGAAACCAUUCACUUCGGUUCGAGACUGAAUUCGAUGAAAACCAACCAUACUUCGUCCAAUCUAUGGACGAAGAGGAAUUUUACGAAUCAACAACACCUAGUGAAGACAUAUGGAAGAAGUUUCAGUUGUUGCCUACCCCUCCUAGGAGUCCAGGAAGGGAUGAAAUCGAUGAUGGUUUUAGCCCCCUCAUCACGGAUACAAUCACAUCUUUUCACCCAGCUAUCACCGAACAGUUACGUCUUGUUUCCGAGUCUUUGGAUGACGGGCUUGCAAGCCCAGCACCACCGACUAUUUUUGUUGGAGAUAUAAAUUCAAAUUUAAUUCAAGAUUGUAUGUGGAGUGGUUUAAUUGAAACAUCAUUGGACUCCGAAAAAGACAUAUCGACGCCGAGCAAAACAGUUUUAUCAAAGGAUAAAUCUCUCCCUUCCAAAUUCCCAGUGACCAAAUCAAGCAAAGUACCAUCUUCUACUACAGCAGAGUAUGGAACAGGGGAGUGUGUAGACCCAACAGCAGUUUUCCCAUACCCUUUGAGUGACCGAAUGGACUUGUCACCAGAGACACCAUCCGACUCUGAGGAAGAGAUAGACGUUGUCAGUGUCAGUGAGAAACAACAAAAAGUUAGUGAAAUCACCAAGAUACGUAUUACCCACAAUUACUCGGCUCCAUACUCAGCAAGCUUGAAACGCAAGUCUGGACUAAAUUUAUCGCUAAAUACAUCGUCAAAGAAGUCGAAAACCGAGGCUAACAUUGAAGAAGUGAAGCGGGUUUUACAGAGCAUCAAAACGCCGUCAUCACACUCUAGUAGUCGAUCAAGCAGCAAAUACAGUAGUCGACAGAACAGCCGGACAGGUAGCCGGAACAGUAGCCGGGCAUCUUCUGACUCGGAAGAUAUAGACAAAAGAGCAUCGCACAAUGUUCUUGAGCGAAAACGAAGGACUGAUCUGAAAAAUAGUUUUAUGCGUUUGCGUGAUAACAUUCCAGAACUUGAGUGCCAGGAACGGGCCGCAAAAGUUGUUAUUUUGAAAAAAGCUGUUGAUUAUGUUGAGGAACUGCAAAGUGAUGAAAGCAGCUUGCAAGAAGAGGAGCGAAUUCUUAGACGGCGGAAUUUAAUGUUAUUACAAAAGUUGCGGACUUUACGGGAAGAUGUGCUGGACCUAUAAACUAAUGAUUGUUUUGGUUUUUAAAAGAAGGAAGUGGAAAGUUUUAAAUUGUUUUGUUAGCAGUGAAACGAUGGCAAUAUGUACAGGAAAGGGUCUUUGUAGCGUUUGUAAAUUGAACAGAUUUUGUUAGAGUUCUUGUGUACAGUUAUACAUAUAAAUAUAUAUAUUUUCUUUUUUUAUAUUGCCCAUUCUAAAAAAGAUUUUCUUUGUACAUUAAAAACUGUAUAUACUUUGUUAAAAUAAGAGAUUUUUUAUAUACAGUACAGUAUGUUAGUUUCUUGUGUGGUGUAUAUAAACAUCAAAGACUUUGUCAUUGUAGAUUAUUCAAGCCAAUCUUCCAUAUAUAUAUUCACUAAUUUCUGCUAAGAAAAACAUUUUAAAAAAGAUUCCUCUUUUUCAAAGGAACCAAAAAUAUUUUUCAACACUGCCACCUAUUAAAAGUAAAAGCUUAAUAAGAAUAAAAAGUAGAAAAUCUGGACUUUAUUCAUACCUGUAUCCAAUCUUAAAUUGUAUGACAGUACAAAAAAGAAUGCAAGACUAUAAAGCAUUUAUCUAGUUCACAAUACAAAUAGUCUUAUAAUGGUUAACAAAAUGUAAGACCUGUUCCAUUGUAAAUAAAAUUUAAAACCCAUCUUUAUAUCACUCCUUUGUUCCUUUGUUAUACUUUUGUUUAAAAUAUACCUAGAAAAUAAUGGUUGCGUCCUAAUUACCAUAUCUCCCGCCAAAAGUAAUCACGUGAAAGGUCACCGUGUCUAAGUUCCUAAUUGGAUAUGUAUGAGCUGUCUAGUCGAUAGGUCAGGAAUGUACAGGCUAUAUUGAUAUAACAAAUUGGAAACACCCUCGAAAGGGUAAGCCUCAGACCGUUCCAUUAUCCUAGAAGGGAUGAUUUACUUAAUUGCAAUGUUUGUAUAUUGUAAAUAAAAACUGGUGAUUUUGUUUUCAACUUGUACCUACCUCUGGUUUGGUUGAUGUAUGGUUUGUGAGGCGAUUUUAGUAUGUGUGAUUUUUUAGCAAAGCGAUUUUGACUCGUAUACAGUAAUAUAGAAAUAGAUGAUUUUGGACAUGGUUGAUGUCAGAUUAGAUGCAACAACAUUAAUUAUUUGAGUACGUUAAUCCAUGAAUGCAGCUGGAAAUGCCAACAGUUUGGUUUGCAUAAAUACCCAUUUUACAUUUUAUUAUGCCUGUAUUCUUUGAAAUUUAAGUAAUGUUUUUUUUUGAGAAAUAAUUAUAUUUUUGAAAUUAAAUUUAAGGUACAUUGCAACUCUGAAUAUGUUGUGUCUGUAUGUCAUUAAUAUUUGGCUAGUCACAACAUUCGCUUCAGAAUUUAAAUUUGUGUAAUUACAUAUCACUUCAUGUGAUUCUGUAGCAUUAAUUGUGUACUAUUUUAAAAAUUGUCAUUGUUUUAUGUAUACUAAUGAGAUAUAUUUUUCAUCCAUUUUUAUCAGUUGCUCUGUGUUGCAUAUAUCAAGAAUUGUGAACUUAAUUUUUCUUCAGAAAAAGACCAAAUUUAAAUUUCCCAAAAGUAGUAUGUUUUAAAGUUGCCUUUUUGACAAAAAAAAAAUGCAAUGAGAUAUGAUUUUUUUUUAUCGAGAAAUAAUGAAAAAUAUUAGUAAUUGGUGUUAUAUUUUACAUUUCCUAUCUUAACCUGGAUUUUAAGAUUUCUACCUCAGUUGGAGAAAAUCAGGUAAUAGAAAAGGAAAGCAAAGCAAAAAAUGUUUAUCUUUGCAUUUUGGAAAAGAAGUUUCAAUAUGUUAUUCAAAUGUUUUGUUUCUGUAAUUGGUUUGAAAGGAAAAAUUGUAGCUAAUUUAAAUUUUAGGUCACAUGAUUAAAUUAUGACGUCAGAGAAUCGUUAACAAAUUUUCAGUUAAACCCUAACCUUGAGGAAAAAAAAUGUUCCAAAUUGUAUCUGUUUUGGUCUUUUGAUAUGAUGUAUCAAUUGGUAUCGAUAGAUUUUGUAUCAAUCUAUUGAUAUUAAUCAAUUUAUAUCAAUGAUUGCUAUUGAUUAUUGAUAAGCAUUACCUAUCUGUUUGAUGUAUUUAAGGUUUAAAGCUUUCGUAUUAUAGAUACUUGCAACCGUGUUUUGUUUAAUUGUUUAUGCAUUAAGCAAGUUCAGUCUUCCAAUCAUUGUAACUUCUUUUUUGUAAGAAAAAUUUAUAGAAAAACAUGAUUUUUUUGCAUAAGUAGGCAUAUUAAUAAAAUGUUAAAAGAAUCAAUAUA